UCUCAAACUAAACAGAAAAAUGACAAGUAUUACUCUCUGCAUAUUUAAAACAGACGCAUAGCUUUGCCAUUGGAAAGCACACUUACGUACGCUUAAAGUACAAGUUCGCUUUAUGCUAAAAUAAAUAGAGGCGUAAAAUUAAAUCGUUUCCGGGUUGAAGUGGUCCUAGAAAAGGCAGCGUUUGAAGCUUAUUCAGGCGUUAAAGAGGUUAGCGUCAUUGUCUUGUAAAUUGCGUCUCAGUCUCUUUAACCUUCAGAUAACCCGGCGAGAUUUACCGUCGUGGUGGAAUAGAAGGGACCACAAAAAAAGGUGGUUUGGGUUGGUUAAAUUUUCACAUUCAUUACCGCAGCCAGCUCAAGCGCGCUUAGGCCUAGCAUAGACGUUAGCCACGGUUAUCAUUAGCCGCCUAGCUGAGGAAACUCGAGAACAAAAUGUCGGCCGGCAAGAGAAUGAAGAAGAAAAGGCUUACCAAAGAGGAUGUUGGGAAAGUAUUUAACUUUUCACCAAAUCCCAAGAAUAAAGCGCUCCACUGUGGCUUAGAUGAUUAUCUUGGACAAGACAAGACUUCAAAUGAGGACAAAGCUCCGUUGAGAAAAAGAGCUGCCCACGAGUUUAACGAUGAAGAAACUGCAGUUGAUGUUGGGUAUUCUGCGAAUUGUCUUCAAUUUUUCACCAUAAAGAGUGAAAUUGACAACAUGUUGGAGUGUUUUGAAGUUCCAGUUGACAUCAACAACGUGAUGCUCGCCAAGCGCAAGCGUCUGGAAAGUCUAACCAAGAAUUACAUGAAAGCAGGGCAGCAGAAAAUGGAGCAACUUUGGAACAAGUCCCACAAGCAGAGGCAGAAGAUGAUGCAGCCCUUUUCUCAACAGUUGUCAUCAGUUCUGCUGGAGUGGAAGCUAGAAUCUCAGAAAUUGGAGGAGGAGGAGAAGAAGCUUAAUGAUCUGAUCCGCCAGAAGCAGAAGUUGAUGCUGCAGAUCAACGUUAUUCAAAAGCAGCAACUGAAAGAUAUCGGAGAGAUCUUCAAGAACUUCUUCAAGAAUAUGGAGGAGAUGGACAAGAGCCAAGAGGGUGCCCUGCAUCAGGCCCAGGAGGACUUGAGGAAGGAGAUGGCCACCUUACAGGAGAAGAUGCUCAGAGAAACCCAACAGCAGCGACUGGCCUCGUUCCGCAAGUCGCUGGAGACCAUGCUCUUCUAGUCGACGUGAUUGGGCCAACUGAGAGUGUUGACCAACGCACUGCUGUAAUUGGCAGUGGGGGGGUUCCGCUUGAUCCUCGUGCUUGUUGAGUCUCCGUUUAUGAACAUGUUAUGUAUAUUGUUUUUGAGAACUAAAAAAAAAACUUAAGGGGACAUGCCCUCCUGGUCUCUAUAAAUUACACCCAGUAUAAAAUAUAGGGCCUCGAUGAUAUUUUGGUUGAGUAAUGGCGUGUGCAUAGAUAGUGCCACUGAAGGGUCUGCUGUGUUGUUAUCCUGCACCUGUUCCCAAACUGUUUUGGCAGACCCACCUCUUUAGAGAUGGAAUUUUCAGAUACCCCUUGCUUCAUAUAUACAUUUUUCCUUUGGAAAUAAACAAACACAUGAACAACA